AUGGCUCAGCAACACGAAAUGAAGACAGAGGCGACGUACGUGACCGCACCACCACCGAUGGGUUAUCCGGUGAUGACGAAGGAGGACUCUCCUGAAACUGUGCAGCCUCAUCAGUCGCAGAGCAAAGGCAGUGGUGGAUUUUUACGUGGAUGUUUGGCUGCAAUGUGUUGCUGUUGCGUUUUGGAUUGUGUCUUCUAG